GAAAAACCACAGGAGAGACACAUUUAUCGCGAGUCUACGUCAAACCCCGAGGACGCAGCGUUACCAGAGAGCAGCGGAGGGUGUAAGCGAGACAAGUCAAAGGAGAGGUCUAGCCUCGCCGAGUCCACAAGUUUGGUCCCCGUGCUCCGCUCCGCUCCGCUCCGCAGUCUGCGCUCCCCCUGCGCUCCGCUCCGCAGUCUGCGCUCCCCCUGCGCUCCGCUCCGCAGUCUGCGCUGAUGGCAUCCGUACUUGGAAACAACAGCCGCGCGUCGGGGGCUCAGGGCGGACAGGUGAAAUGCAAGCUGAAAAGGAGAAGGAGGAGGCGAUCGAAGAGAAAAGAGAAAGUCAGUAUGCUGUCAGCAUUGAUCGCUCCCUUCAAGUACAUAAGCCCUGGGACCAGCAGCACAGAGGACGAGGACAGUUUAAGUACCAGCAGUGCCGAGGUAAAGGAAAACCGGAACAUCGGUAACUUGGAGGAUCGCUCCAUAGGGUCUGCGGAGUGCCAGUCGCUUUUCUGCUCCGACUCUGGGAGAAGUGGCAGCUCCGGUCUGAAGAGGAAGCGGCCGCUGGAGGAGGACAACAACGGCCACUUGUGUCAGCUCCGCCUGAUCUACAAGAAACUGUCCUGGUCGGAAGCACCGAAGAAUGCGUUGGUGCAGCUGAACGAGCUCCGGCCGGGCCUGCAGUACCGCAUGGUGUCCCAGACGGGCCCUGUCCACGCUCCUGUCUUCUCCAUCGCUGUGGAGGUGAACGGGCUGACCUUCGAGGGCAUGGGCCCCACAAAGAAGAAAGCGAAGAUGAGGGCCGCCGAGCUGGCUCUCAAGUCCUUCGUCCAGUUCCCCAACGCUCCUCAGGCCCACCUGGCCAUGGGGAACAUCUCAAACCCUUCGGCUGACUUCACCUCGGAUCAGGCGGACUUCCCUGACACGCUCUUCAAGGAAUUUGAGUCUUCGCCGUGCUCCGAUGGCCUCUCGCUCUGCAACGCAGCGGCAGAGAGCGGCCUACUGUCGAGUGAGCUGCUGAGACAUGGACGGUUGCUUCGCCACACCUUGGACCUGAUGGUGCAGGCUCAGCAGAGGCUAGGUGGGAUUGUUCCGGAGCCGGAGGCCGCCAAGAGCCCCGUGGCGUUGCUCAAUGAGCUCCGGCCGGGCCUUCGCUACGCCUGCCUCUCGGAGCGAGCCGAAGGCCGGCGGCUGCGUAGCUUUGUGAUGGCGGUGCGUGUGGACGGGCAGAUAUUUGAGGGCUGUGGUCGCAGCAAGAAGUUGGCCAAGAGCCAAGCGGCCCAGUGUGCCCUUCUGGCUCUCUUCAACAUCAGGACAGCCCCCGAGGUGACGACAGGCCUCAAAGCCAGCAGGAAUGGCUGUCCCCAUUUACCCCAGGACUUUGCCGAUUCAAUAUUCCACUUGGUGAGAGAGAAGUACCGGUCGCUGGUGGGUAGCUGCAGUCCUGCGCACGCUCGACACAAAUCCCUGGCAGGCAUCGUAAUGACCCGAGGUCUGGACCUGAGGCACGCCCAGGUGGUGGCGUUAUCCACGGGCACCAAGUGCAUCAACGGCGAGUAUCUGAGUGACCAGGGACACGUGGUCAACGACUGUCACGCUGAAAUCACGGCCCGCAGGGCCCUGCUACGCUUCCUCUACUCUCAACUUGAACUCUUCUUGAGUAAAAGGCCAGAGGACUGGGAGGAGUCGAUAUUCGUGCGGCACAAGGAGCGCGGCUACACGUUGAGGGACAACGUCCACUUCCACAUGUACAUCAGCACGUCGCCGUGUGGGGACGGGAGGCUCAACUCGCCCUAUGAAAUCACCACAGACUUGCACGGCAGCAGGCGCCGCGUGAGGAAGCACCGCGGCCACCUGCGGACCAAAAUCGAGUCGGGCGAGGGGACGGUGCCGGUGCGAUGUCGGGGGCCCGUCCAGACGUGGGACGGGGUCUUACAGGGCGAGCAGCUCAUCACCAUGUCCUGCACCGACAAGAUCACCAGAUGGAACAUCCUCGGCCUGCAGGGGGCGCUGUUGAGCCACUUUGUGGAGCCGGUGUACCUGCACAGCGUGACCGUCGGCAGCCUGCGCCACACGGGCCAUCUGGGCCGGGUUCUGAACCAGCGCCAGGAGCGCCUGGGCCCCCUGCCCCCCACGCACCGACGCAACCAGCCCCUGCUCAGCGGGCUGAGCAGCGCCGAGUAUCAGCAGCCGGGGAAAGCCUCAUGUGUGAGUGUCAACUGGACGCUGGGUGAUUCCCAGUUGGAGGUGGUCAACACAGCCACCGGACAGAGACGGGACUCGGGGACGCCCUCGCGGCUCUGCAAGCACGCCCUGUUCACACGCUGGGACAGACUGUACCGCAAGUCGGGGAUCCGCUUGUCCGGCUCGGUGGAGCGCCAGCUCAUGUACUGCGAGGCCAAGAUGGCGGCGCGUUCUUACCAGACAGUGAAGCAGCAGUGGUUCAGGUCUCUGCAGGAAAUGGGCCUCGGGACCUGGGUCAAGAAACCGCCCGAGCAGGAACAGUUCCUGCUGUCGGACUGGAGGAAGUGUGUGGUGGUGUGUGUGUGUGUGUGUGUGUGUGUGUGUGGUGUGUGUGUGUGUUGUGUGUGUGUGUGUGUGUUAACCUUUAUUUUUUUAGGGUAAGAUGACUCCACAGCUCUUUACCAACAUCUGCCACACACUCCAUACCAGGACAUUUAGCCGUGCAACCUCUAAACUCAAGGCUGUCACAAGGUGUGUGUUGUGUGUGUGUGUGUGUGGUGUGGUGUGUGUGUGUGUGUGUGUGUGGUGUGUGUGGUGUGUGUGUGUCAUUCUGGAUGUGUCGCCCAUUCCACCAGCAGAAACGCGCAAGAGGAAGGUCAGCCGAACGGGCUGAAAAGGAAAACAGACAUAAAAGAUGGACCCUUUCUUGACUUGCCUUCUUCAAACGCACAAAAAAACACACGUUUAAGCAAACGCACACCUAAAUACCCCCCUCUGUCAGCUGUCAACGAAGGCUGGGGUAACCUUGAGCAGAAUGAAAGGCAGCCGCUAUCUUGUCAUCAGCUAUUUCCGGGCCCCAAGGCUCCCGCUGAGGAGCUGAGCCACGGGGGAGAGAGAAAGAGAAAAAAGAGAGAGAGAAAGAGAGGUCCACGUCCAAUUACCGGCCCUGUCUGGGUGACGGGUGAUAGAAGAAGAGGAAGGAAAGUGAUGGGAAGACAGAGUGAGAAAAAAAA